AUGUUCUCCAGAUCUCUCCGCGUCGCCUCUCGCAGGGUCCUUGCGACCUCUGUCCGCCCUUCUGCCAUGCCCGCUCGUCAGCUUGCACCUGCUGCCACUGUCGGCGCCACGAGGGGAUACCACGAGAAGGUCCUUGACCACUACUCGCGUCCCCGUAACGUCGGCUCGAUGCCCAAGGGCGACCAGGACGUCGGUCAGGGUCUCCCAUCCUACGAUCCAUCUUCUCACUAUCACGAUACCAUUGUUUGGGCCGCCUGGGUUGUGGCAGCGGCGUGCACUUGGGUCUCCGACACGAUGCGCUACCUCGCUCUCCACGCUCUUCAACUCGACGCAUUUCAUCCGGCUUUUCGCGACACCAAUAAUCAUGGCCUUUCUGCCGUUAUGCUCAACAUCCGUGUCGACCCCAAGACCAAUGUCAUCUCCGACGUCAAGUUCAAGACCUUCGGCUGCGGAUCCGCCAUCGCUUCCUCCAGCUACCUUACCGAGCUUGUCCGGGGCAUGACCUUGGAGCAGGCCGGCCGCGUCAAGAACACCGAGAUUGCCCAGGAGCUCAAGCUUCCCCCCGUCAAGCUCCACUGCAGCAUGCUUGCCGAGGACGCCAUCAAGGCCGCCAUUUCCGACUACUACACCAAGAACCCCAACGCGAAGCCCACCAACCUGGCCGGCACCGAGGCCAAGGCCGAGUCCGCCGCCUCCGCUUCUGCAUAA